AUGAGAUUCUUAGGCCGCAGAAGAAAGCUUCAGCCUCAGCCUCAGCCUCAACCUCAGCUUCGGAAGGAGGCUCCUCGAGAGAAGUUGAGCACGAUCUAUCAGCUUCGCAAUUUUGGAACAAAUUACAAACGGCAGUUGGAUGCUGUAGUAGAGGCCGUUGACAAGAAUGUCUUUUUGUCUCGGACAGUUGGCCUAUUGCUUCAAGGCGAGCAUCUCCAAGUGACUGAGCUUGCCGUGAAGAGCCUUGACAUGGCCGAGCACCCUGAUCUGAAGAUUCAAAUCGAGUACGCACGCUUGAGGAACGGCGUCACCGCCUUUGGAAAAGGGCCAAAUCCUGGGAGUACAAUGCUUGUUUUCGAGGUGGUUCAUACAUAUCAUACCUUUGAUUGGUCCGACCUUGAAAUGCCAAUGCCGAUAGUGGGGAAAUGCUUCUUAGCCGCUGGUGAUGAUAGACAGCUAUUUCCAGGACCCAAGUUCCCAAUGUCACAUCAGCUCUACGGAUUUGGGUCUGAAAUGAAGAUGGGCUCAAUUCAUGAUAAUGUGACAAUGGAUGGGGGAAGCCUCGAGCUCAAAGCUGAUUUUAAGCCGCCCUCGUGGAUCCAGCAAGAGGCAUAUUCUCGGAUUGUGCUCCCUGGGAUGCACGUGGCAAGCUUCCUCCCGUUGAGUUUACAGCUUGUCGAUGAAUGGAGCUCAAAUACAAAGCUCCAGGAGCUGCUUCACUUGACCAAGAUUCGUGUGGAGUUGCAAGAGUUCAGGUGUGUGCCAGACAGAAACUUUGAAAGUACCGACAUCCAGAGAAAGGUGUUGGUUGAGCAGGAAGUCUUUAUGGCAAUUAACUUGUUCAACAAGAAAACCAUGAUUCCCCACACGAUGUAUGAUUGCGUGAUUCCAGAAGUCGGCCCUACGUUCUUCACGGACGGCUUUUUGAGAACGUACGGCUUGGAAGUCACAUUGACGAUUUCUAACGAACGUACUCUUACUUUCAAUGCAUCUGUGUUCAUUGAGCUUAAUGUGGCGCAGAAAAAGGUCGAACAGAUGAAGGACGAGGAGGUGAGGAGGUCAAUCUCGAGCUACUUAGGCGACGGAAAUGGAGAACCACAACGGAUUUUUCAUGUUAUGAAAGAUCUCAGGAAUGUGGAGUCGACUGCUAACGGUUUGUUGACCUUAAGCGGCUUGAAUGCAGACGAAUUCACGGGAAAGUCUUUUGUGCGACAGAAGAGAUCGUUCCCAUGGCGGAUAGUUCGUUUUGGCGAAAGAAACAUCCCGUUUACCUUACGAGUGUCACUCAAUGAGCAUGUGCGUUUUCUACAAUCGAAUGAAUGUUCUGCUGUGACCAUUGUUAGCCCAGGAAUGGAGCUUUCCGAAUUUGUCAAGUGUGCCUUCAUCGUUGCGCAGAGCUUCGAAGACGCCAGCCGUCACCACCAUGUGGAGGACACAGAGAUCCAGCUUGAACAAAUUGAGAUCAAAUUGAUCGAGGGGAGGACCGAGAGCGGCAUAAUUACGACCGAUGAGACAAUUUUGCUUGAUAACAAGGAUUUACCCUCGAUAAGAUGGAGCGACUUCAAGGAUACCGUUGCUGGAAGUCCAAAAGCUCGGUCAAUAACGUUGCCGCAGACCUUGUUCAAGGGAAACUUGCCUGCCAAUGUGAAACCGUAUGUAAUUUGUCAGAGGUCGAAGUUCCAGAGAAGCCAUUUGAUGGAAUGCAGAUUGCUUGUGCGUUUUCUGGGACAGGUCCAUGCCUUUGAGUGGCCUCACCUUCUUGAAGUCGCCGAAAACCGCAUGUGA